AUGGCUUAUCGGCGGCGAUUAAACCCAUGUGACCGCGGCGGGUCGACCCGGGGCAUGGUGAUCAGCAAACACGUCCUGCCGCCCUCCAACGGCCAUCUCCAGACACUCCCUGCCCUAGUGGAGCUACACCGGAGCUUCCCGAAAGGAAGCUCUUCAACGGCCCAGCGCCUCCGACACCCAAUACCCGCGUCAUCUGCGGGUACGUGGAGGCACACCGAAGUCCUGGCAAACGAAACAGACACAAUUCCCCCCAUCGCCCCCGCCGACCCAUCCCUCCCGACCUCCCAAGCUUCUCCUUCCCAUCCAUCCUCUGCCCAUCACCCCGACGCCGAGCCCAGCACCAGCGCUUCCAACCAGCCACUUGCCGCCCCAACCGCACCGUCGUCUGAUCUCGCUACAGCCGGAAAGCGCAGGCACAGUCUCUCCGAGAGCGACGAAGAGGCCAAUCAGACUGCGCAAACAGGCCGGUCCGCACGCCAUACAGCCAAGCGCAGGCGCAGGCGCACAACGCAAGGGACGAUGCGCCUUGACAACAACGACGCCUCGAAACGAUCACGAUCACCCUCCCAAACCUACACCAACGGAUCAUCCCGAUCAUCGGGUCUCCGAUCGCCUCGGGGCAAGACUUCGAAUGGAGACUCGCAUGCUCGGACAGAGAGCAACGGCUCGUACACGAAUGGAGGUCCGGUAGCAAACGGCAAUGCGGUACCGCCAACCUUCUACGGUCACGACAGGGAAGAGGUGACGAGGAUACUGAUACAGAGCCUGACGGAUCUGGGAUACCAUGGCGCUGCCGGCACGUUGUGUAAAGAGAGUGGUUUUCAGCUCGAGGGACCCACAGUCGCGUCUUUUCGCAGCUCGGUGCUAAAUGGAGACUGGACUGAGGCUGAAGAGUUAUUGUUCGGCACGAAUACGUACGAUGGGGGAGGAGUUGGCUUGGACGCGUCAUAUGGGAAGUCGUGGUCCAAGUCGCAUUCAAGGUCAAAUUCGCAGCAUUCGGGAGGGCUGACGCUGGCUGAGGGCGCCGAUCGGGACGAGAUGAUGUUUUGGAUGAAGCAGCAAAAGUAUCUGGAGCUCCUGGAACGUAGGGAGUUGGGCAAGGCGCUCACAGUGCUUCGACAGGAGCUUACUCCGCUCCAUCAAGAUGUUGGGCGGCUCCAUGCUCUUUCUAGUCUUCUCAUGUGUCAGUCUGCAGAAGAUCUGAGAUUGCAAGCUCAGUGGGACGGGGCACGAGGCGAAUCACGAACACAGCUGCUGUCAGAGUUAUCAAAAUCAAUAUCGCCGAGCGUAAUGAUUCCAGAACAUCGCCUAUCAGUACUGCUGGACGAUGUCAAGGACAGCUGGAUAUCAAAUUGCUUGUAUCACAACACCGCCGCUUCGCCUUCACUUUACCUUGAUCACAAGUGUGAGAGAGAAGACUUCCCCACAAGGCCAGUUCUCGAACUCAAGCAUCACAAGGACGAGGUGUGGUUUCUACAAUAUUCAAAUGACGGCACAAUGCUUGCUUCCUCUAGUAAAGACUCGACCAUCUGCAUUUACGACACCAAGACGUACAAAGUGCUGUAUCAUCUUGACGAGCACCAGGGUUCGGGAGUAACGCACCUUGCAUGGAGUCCAGACAACACCAAGAUCGUCACCUGUUGUUCACAGCCGGAGAACGCUGCACGGAUAUGGGAUGUCAAGGCUGGCGUGUGCAUCGCGUACAUUAAUGAAUUCACAUAUCCAUGUACCACAGCGGCCUGGACGCCGUCUGGCAAGCACGUGGUCAUCGGAUCGCAAGAUGAUAAGACAGGCUGCGGCAUCUGGGACUUUGAAGGCCGACAGAUUCACAACUUCUGUGAAGACGGUUCCAAAAUACGUGCAAACGAUCUCGCGAUAUCACCUGACGGCCAACGGCUCGUAGUCGUCUCCGAGAGCUCGAUCGUGGCCUAUGACUUUACAAGCUACGAGAAGAUUUGCGAAGUACGAUCUGACGACGUCAAACUAACAAGCGUCACCAUUAGUCAAGAUUCGCGACAUAUGUUAGUCAGUAUGAGCCCAGACGAAAUCAAGCUCAUGGAGAUCGACACUGGAGACACGAUACGGACAUUCAAAGGACAUCAACAGACGCAGUUCAUUAUUCGCUCCGCGUUUGGUGGCGCCAAUGAGAACUUUAUUGUCAGCGGGAGUGAGGACUCAAGAAUAUACAUCUGGCGCUCCAGCGGCCGCCUCGUCGAAACCCUCGAGGCCCACGUCGGCUGCGUCAACAGCGUCGCAUGGCAUCCCAAAGACCCCACCGUCUUCGCUUCCGCCGGCGACGACCACAGAGUCAGGAUAUGGAAACCUGCCAGCGCGCCACCGAUACCCUCGAGUAGCGGGCCGAGCAAUGGGUAUGGAAGGUAG